AUGAGUCCAUCAGCAAAGAAGAGGCCCAAGAAUAGUGAAGUUUCCAAGAUGCAAGAUGAGGAACUGCAGGACAACAUAAAGCAGCCUGUCAGAAAAGUAAUUGAGUGGAACCGACUUAGAAUGGUGUUAAAAAACUUGUCGCUCUUGAAGCUACUCAAGAGCUCAAACCGCCGGAUCCAAAAACUGUACUACCUGGCCAAAAGAUAUCGGAAUUCAUUGCUCAGUGUUCCAAAUAUCUUCCACAUCUCCUCUGGGGACAGCAAUGUAUGCAAUAAAGUGAAACAAUAUAAUGAAGAAUUCCAGGAGGCUAGGUACCCCAAGAAGAAACUGGAAACCAAGAAAUUAGAGUACAUAGGAAAAUACAGGGAGACAGAGCCCAGUGAGUGGAAGCCCAAGGUGGAGUCAGGGAUGCAUUACAAGGCAAAGGGGUCACCUGCAGCAGUGCCAUGGAAAGAAGAGGAGGCAGAGCCUGAGGUUCCAACGACAUCAAGGGGUCAUGGCCUGAACAAUGGAGCCCAGAGGAGGCAACCAUCCUCUGGGGACCCCCAAGUCAUCCUCCUGAAGAACCAUCAGCACAGAAUUUCCAAGGGGAACAUAAAGCAGCUGGAUGUAGGUGCCCAGUGUAUGUGGUUUGAGGGGCUGCCAACACGAAUCCACCUCCCUGCACCCCGGGUGAUGUGCAGAACCUCUGCCCUGCGCUGGGUCAAGCGUCGCUGCACCCGCUUCUGCUCUGCGUCCUUACAAGAUGCCUAAGUACCAUCCAUAGGAGGUGGUGUGAGGAGAGCUUGAGAUCGCGCAAUUAGCUGAACCCGAGGAAUGGGCAGGGAAAUCCUCGAGUCUACAAAUAAAAUCUCC